AUGCUUUGGAGGCUGAUUAUUCAAAUUGGAUUGGCAGUGGCUAUGAGUGUGAACUCGCUGGUUGUUUCCAUUGCACCUGAGUGCAGGGGUGAUGUGAUAAUUGCUUCAGUCGCUGAUAUGAAUGUCAUCAACAAGUGUGCUACGAUCUAUGGCUCCCUCACUAUUGACUCGAACUUCAACAAUGAGUUGAUUGACCUUGCUGACAUCGAAUCGAUUACCGAGGACUUGGUUAUCAAUCAAAAUCAUCACAUCUCCGAAAUCAGAGGCUCGAAGGUUCUGUCUGUGGCUGGUACAUUCCGGCUUCAAGAAUUGACUAAUUUGUUCAACAUGGAAUUGCCAAACUUACACGCGGUCAACUCUAUUGAGUGGUCUGUGUUGCCUAUUUUGCUGUACGCCAACACGCUUCCAUUGAAGGUGAACAAGUCUGUGGUGGUUUCAGAUACGUCCCUCCAGGAAUUGGACUUGAGAAAUGUUGCUCCGGAAAUUGAAGUCUUGGAUAUCAACAACAAUCGUUAUAUAUACAAUCUUCUGGUUCCCGUCGAGAGAAUUGAAGUACUGAUGCACUUAGUAUCGAAUGGAGAAGGUAUGACGGUCGACUUGGCAAACUUGACUCAUGUCAGAAAUAUGACAUUGCAACAUCUUGGUGGUCUCAAGAUUCAUCAGCUUGAAGCAGUCGAAAACCUGAUGGCGAUCAUUUCAAACAAAUUUGGCACACUCAACUUAUCGAAGCUUCGUCGGGUUGGAGGGACCUUAUUUAUCGCGACCAACGCUGAACUCGCUUCUAUAGAGGCCAAUCACCUUGAAGACAUCAGAGGUGGGUUUGUUGCCAUCAAUAAUUCUAAGCUCUACGACGUUGAUGGUUUCAAACAGCUUACAUCAAUUGGUGGAGCAUUGCAUGUUGAAGGUCCUAUUGAAAAUCUUGGAUUUGACAGUUUGCGUGAACUCAGGGGUCUGGCAUUAAUCAAAGCAACGCUGGGGUUUGAUUGUGACGCGUGGUUGUCUAGCGAAAUGGUCACGAAAAUUCGUGGUGGCGCAAUUAGAUGUGAGCUGAAUCAGGGGCACUACACAUCGCAUGAUGAUGAGGAAGACCGUCACAUUACUCAGGAAUCCGGACCAGUCACUCCCAUCGCAACUGAACCCGCUCGAAUGACUAGCAUUGCUUGGCAACUUAGCUGCCUGCCAUGGUUAUACAUGUUAAUUGGGGCGAUCGCAGUUGCCCUCAAUUAG